AUGGAUGGAAUUGUCUUACUGGAGUACGUUGCGUCUGCAGAUGAUGUUCACAUAGUAUUUUCAUCGCCGACAAUCACCUACAACCACCGGCUUGCCUACGAAGUUGACUCAGCUCCCUCAGCUCAACUUAGCAGGCAGCCUGGGACAAUGCCUGAGACAGAUUAUGAUUCGACGAUAAAUGUUCACAUAUGUCCCAGACCCUCCCAGUUGAAGUCUGUUGAGACCGGACCGAACCUCCCUCUUCGUACCUUCUGGCAGGAAAUUUACAGUUAUAAGACGUUCACCUACAUAGAGCACUUAAAACUGAUUCAUUUUCACCUUACAGGAGGAGAGCAGGUAGCAAACUCUGUGACGCAAAUUUGGUAUUCACUGCGACUCAGUGAAGAGGACUUCAAGCUUGUGAUGCGCACCCUUCAAGAACUAAUCCAUGCAUCCAGCCUUGAAGAAUUGACAGGAGGCACAAUGACGAUGGAGCAAGACCAUCUUCGCACACUCGUGCAAGUGUGGCGUACAUGGUUUCACCUUAGUUCUCGAGAGGGAGACUGGAUUACAGAGGAGCGGCGAAGAAAAGUUGAGAAUCAUUCGGGUUCAGAGGAAGGAAUCAAAUUGUACUUGAACCAAAUCCCAAAGGAGCAUAAAGAAUCUGCCUCUGACUGGUUUGCGAACGGCAUUCUGUUACCCAAGGCAUCGCGAAAAGAGCUCACUCGUGAGAAUGUUACUCUAACUGGCUUUCCUGCCGCUUUUUUGAAUAAAAUUGGUGGUCCUUACCGAUUCAGUUACAUACUGGAUCCUUCUCUAAUUCCAUUUAUAUCAUGGGAUUACAAAGACGUUAAACAACAUUUUCAUUGCGCCUCCGUUCUCAAGAUGUACAGUCAGUAUGUGGGACACUUGCUCGAGAGGUGCGUUGUGACACUGUCCACAACACAGGUAAAGUUUCACUUCCUGUUGUGCAACUGUAUGGAGAUGGUUCCAUUUCUUCCCCUACACCGGAAGUAUGACCGUGUCACCACUUCAAACAUAGCUGAUUACGAGCCACUUACCAGCAUCUUGGACAUGUGUAAACCAUUGUUGAACACAGCCAACACUUCAGCUGUUAUCAUCACAGAAUUUCAAAACUGGCAUGAGCCUACAGGCUUAAAUGAAAAAUUGAUACGUCAUUUCUCACAACUGCCUGAAAGCUUUCGCCAAAAAGUCCUGGAAGACACCCAAAAUCGCGCCAUUGCCUUUUCCCAGGGGAGGGUAGCGUUUAUGGAUUACUACGACCUCAGCGAGGAAUUCAUCCAGUUUCUUCGCGCUGCUCUGCUUGUUAGUGAUCAUGAGAUCCCGGAUAAAGUGAAUCGACCGCGCAUAUGGAAGUCAGUGGCUGACUAUAAUGGCUUGGUUGCGCGCGACUUCCUUCGCAACCAAAAUCGAUUUCUUCCGUUCAAGUGGACGAACAACUGCCGCAGAGUCACCAUGUUGAGUGGGUUCAGCCGAGUCGUAGAAUGGAUUGUCAAUCCACAGUAAUGCUCCUUAUGUUUCAAAACUUCACAAAAGGAGUACAGUGAAAUUUCUGUUAGCUUGUAUACUUUUGUUAUACAGGCGUUUUCAACAUCAUCAUCAUCCUGGUCAUCAUCAUCAUCAAAUUGGUUGAUGCUGAUAUGCCUCACAAGACAACGAACAAUUACUGGAAGCAUAAGAUGCCCAUACGAUGUUUGAACUGUGCCCAAUAAUAUAUGAUUCUAUUUGUAUCAAGGGACUGCAAAGACAUUAAACAACAUUUUCAUUGCGCCUCUCUUCUCCCGAUGUACAGCCAGAAUAUGGGUCACUUGCUCGGGAAGUCCGUUCCGACAUUGGCCACAGGACGGGUGAAAUUUCACUUCCUGUUGCGGCAGCUGCAAGGAGAUGGCUCCAUUCCUUUCUCCAGACCGUAAGUUUGAUCGCGUCACCACCUCAAACAUAGCUGAUUAUGAGCCACUUACUCGCAACUUGGACAUGUGCGAGCCACUGUUGAACAGAGCUAACCAUUCUGCUGUUAUCAUUACGGAAUUUCAAAACUCGUCUGAUCAUAUUUCUCUGUUUCAAAAAGAACUACUUCGUUCCUUAGAAACGACAAAAGGCUUCCGUCAACAAGUGCUACAAGACAUCCAAACUCCCGCAAUUAAUUGCCUAUUCCAACAAAAAAGAGGGCUUUAUGCAGUAUCACGACAACAACAAAGAGUUUAUGCAGUUUCUUCGCGCUCCUAUUCUUGUAACGGAUCGCGAGAUUCCGGAUAAAGUGAAUCGAUGGCGCACAUGGAGGUCAGUGGCUAACUGCAAUGGUUUGGUUGCACGUGAACUUCCCUGCCAAAAUCGAGUAUCUCUGGCCAAGUAGACGCAGAUCUGCUGCAGGGUUACCAUGAUGACGGGAUUUGAGAGAGCCGUGGAAUGGAUUGUCAAUCCGCAGUAAUGUUCUUAAAACGCAACAAACCCCCCAUUCUAUUUUACCUUUAAUGAAAUCUACUAGUUUUUCUAAUUACUUCAGCGAAAAAGUUGAUAAAAUUCCCGCGUUUCUACAGGCGUUUAAAGUUGUAGUUUUUGCGCCUACGACCGGAACACUGAACACUGAAGGAAAACCUGUUCUUUAAUAUCUUUAGCCCUUUUUUGGCAGGAUUUUACGUUUCUUUGGUUAACUUGCUACCGUAUGGUAUUUUGUUCAUGUGAUCAUUUCCAGUUUAUACAGUAUUUUACGUUAAUGUUUUUUUAGAUAAAUAGCUUUGCGAAAAUGCAGGUUUCCGAACGGGCUUUCGUAAUCAGUUUUGACUUUUUUUAGCUCCAAAAGGAGAGCUGCAAAUUAUCAUGACAUUGAUAUUUUCAAAUACCCUCCUUUAACCGCUCUUAGAAUCUCAGGGAGCUGGAGGUAGGGCAUAAGUGUCCCCACUGACUUUAAUCGUUAAUACAUUUGUCAAAACUUUAGUUAAAUUAAAGCAGCCAAGCUUUGCAAA